AUGCCACCGAAAUUAUCACCAUCAGCAGCAGCUUCAUCAGCACAAGGAGCACCAAUGUCUCAUAAAAUCAUAGUGGGAACAAUUGCCAUUUUAUUAGGUGGUUAUGUGACUUAUAAAACCGGUAGUGAUUUCCAAUUUGUUAAAUAUACUCCUCAUUCACCAGAAGAAAUUGAACGACGUAAACGUGAAAAUCAAACUGGAAUUUCUAUGAAAAUGACUGAUGAAUUAACUUUGGACUUAAAACCAGAAGCUAAACAGCGGAUUCAGAAAUUAUUGGAAGAGAAAAAUAAAUCACUUGAAGCAAAUCAGAAUGAUAAAAAAUGA